ACACAAUGGGGCACCUGGGGACGUGCCAAGUCGGGAUUUAUUAAAGAAAGAGGGGUCCCGCAAACCGCCAAGAUAGGGCUGCGGCGGGUUUUGCGAUAGUAUUAUUAUUUUUCGACCUCUGGGUUCAUUCCUUUCUCACAGCGAGGGAGUGAAGGGAUUCAUGAUCCUAUCGUGUCUUGGCCGUGGAUCGGCUCAGCUUGCCCUCGACGACUCACAAUGUCCGGCCUCGUCUUGGCCGCCGAAGGCGAAACUACACACAACGUGACGGCCGAAUAUCUCGCGGAAGAUUCUGGCGGCACGCUCAUAGGCAUAUCCAUCGCCUUUGCCGUCCUGACGACCUUUUUUCUCGGCCUGCGACUAUUCGCAAAACGGUUUACUGCUGGCGGGUAUGGCUUGGACGACUAUUUCCUGGCGGCAGCCUAUGUGGUGGACCUAGGGAUGUGCGCCGUCGGCAUCGUCAUGGUUAAGGUCGGCGGUGUUGGACGGCAUGUUGAAUUUGUCGAGGAGUUUCAUCCAGCCCUCCUGACCGGGUGGGCGAAGUGCAUCCUCGCGUUUGAGAUCAUCUACUUCACCUCCGUCGCGCUGCCCAAGAUGGGCAUCGUCUGCCUGUACCUGCGCGUCUUCAACUGGAAGGGGGCUAUGCGAACGACCGCCUACGUGCUGCUGGCGACUCUAGCCGCGACGAGCUUCUCCUUCAUCAUCACUGCGUGCUUCCAGUGUCAGCCCAUCGAAUUCUGGUGGGACCGGACAAUUCCAGGCGGAAAGUGUGUCGACGUUCAGGCCUUUUUCCAUGCACAGAGCAUUCCGGGCUUCGUGCUGGACUUCUUCAUCAUGACUUUGCCGCUCAAGACUAUUUGGGACCUGAAGCUGCCGACGCAUAAGCGCAUUGCCCUCAUCGGCAUCUUCAUGAUUGGCAGUUUUGGUAUCGUUGCCAGUAUCAUCAGAGCCGUCAUUUUCUUCAGCAACUCUGCCUUUUCGGACCGUACAUGGGCAUCCGUCGGUCUCGUCGGCUGGAGUAUCAUUGAAACAGGAACCUACAUCAUCGCCGCGUGUCUCCCCCACCUGCGACCCAUGAUCUCACACUACACACCGCCAUGGCUCAAGUCCAUGGUCCGCAAGACGAUAUCACAGGCCAGCAACUCCAUGUCCAAAGUGACCAACUCCAAGAACCACACACAACCGCGACGAGGCGACGACGAGGUGGAGCUCACCGCACGAUCGAAGAAGCAGACGGUAGACACGGAGAGCGAUAUGGGCGGGGACGAGGAGCGUGGCUAUGCCGGAGGGAUACGAUCGCCAGCAUCAGGCAUGACUGUCGAGGUGCGCAAGUCGGAUGAUUUGGUCGGGGGAGAAUGGGCCAGGCAGGGCCAGAUCCGAGUAACGACGGAGGUUAAGAUGGAGAGAGUGCGAACGUCGGCCUUCUUGAAGGGUCCAGACUCAUGA